UUUUAAGCUGGAUUUUUUCUUUCUCAUCACUUUCCGUUCAUACAUUGUUAUUUCAUUUCGUGCGCACUGUUUUGCAACCUAUUUAGAUGAACGUUUAUGAACAUAAAAAGAGGGAUCUGCCUUAUUAUCCUUUAUUUGCACCCAUUCAAUGGGGAAAUUGAGCGAAAAGCUGCAAAAUUAAAGAGAGACAUUUUUGUAUGUGUUAAGAGAGACAUACUUCAAGAUACUUAUAUAUACGAUUAAGGCAAAAGUACAGUAAAAAGAGUAAAGUCAACCAUGAUGAAGAUACGAAGAAUGUCGUAGUUAAAGUGGGUAAAGAAAGCGACAGCAAAAAAUACGAACUUAUUAAAGACAAGUGUUUCUAAUUUUAAAUAUGUCGCAUUGUGCAAUAAAAUUUCUCUGAACUCACUGUAGAGAUUUUUGUUAGUUCAAUGGAGUUUUAAAGCGUCCAACGUUUGCAGUAGUCCCGGUGAUGCCGUUGAGUGCACAUUGAAAUUUGGGACCGUGUCCAAAAUCAUUGUCGUCGUCAUACUGUUCGGAUGAAGUGUAAAAUUGGAAUUAAAUUUUGAUUUACAAUUAUUUGAAGGCACACGAUGAUUUUUCAAAUAUUUUAUAUUUUUGCACUAAUUUCUUUCUGCACGUCAUCAACAGAAGAAACCUCUUUGGAGUUUGCCGAUAUUUUACCAGAGGACCCAAAAACAUAUGAUAAAAUGCGCCCACCUAAUAAAGACGGUCUUCCAACGUCUGUGUUUUUUCACGUUACAGUUAUGGGUUUGGAUUCAAUUGAUGAAAAUAGUAUGACUUACGCUGCAGAUAUAUUUUUCGCACAAACAUGGAAAGAUCAUCGUCUUCGAUUGCCAGAGAAUAUGACCUCUGAAUAUCGUUUGAUUGAAGUCGAUUGGUUAAAAAACAUGUGGAGACCUGAUUCUUUCUUCAAAAAUGCUAAAUCUGUGACGUUUCAAACGAUGACGAUACCAAACCAUUAUAUGUGGAUGUAUAGGUAUGUAUGUAUGAAUAUAUUGUAUAUUAUAUCAAAUGAUAAGCCUCUGUCAAGGUGAAGAACGAGUGACGAG